CAUUUAUUAUUAUUCCUCGACCUUUCUCUUUCCGUCAUAGUCGACUACAUUGGUCUGUGGUCCGUGCGUAGCCUUCUGUAGCACGUAGCGUGUACAAGCCGGCGGUGGUGUACAAUUACCUAAGGAAAGUGAAAGACCGAAGCUGUGUUAGAAAACCAAAAAGCUUCCCGCCAACUCAACUCAACUCACCUCGACUCAAACUCAAACUCGACUCAUCAAUCUUCAAUCUGCAAUCCUCGACCAUUCCUUCCUUUUAUCAACAUCCAGAACAAUUCUUUAAUUCACAUCGCUACUCCCCGACGAAUGGCCAUCGAGCCUUCCAUUAAUAUAAUCCGAAAUCGAAAUUUACGCCAUUUCCCCUUCCUGUAGCUUCGCUUUGUUCGAUUCAUCGCCCUCAUUACAUUUCAUUCCAACACAAACACAAUUUGAUCCCGACCCUACAUUCUACGCUCACCAGUCCUACGGGACCAACAUUAAGAAAUGGGAGGUGUUUGCUCUUCUUGCUGCGGAGGUAAAUCCCGAGAUGGCUUAUAUGAGCCAGUGCUAGCAGAAAGCGAAAGAGAAGCGGUGGCAGACCUAUUACAAUACCUAGAGAAUCGCGGCGAGACCGACUUUUUCUCCGGGGAACCUCUACGAGCUUUGAGUACAUUGGUAUUUUCUGAUAAUGUCGACCUUCAGCGAAGUGCUAGUUUGACGUUUGCUGAGAUAACGGAACGAGAUGUUCGUGAAGUAGAUAGAGACACCCUCGAGCCGAUACUCUUCCUUUUGCAAAGUCCCGAUAUCGAGGUACAACGAGCGGCUAGCGCAGCUCUUGGAAACUUGGCAGUUAACACGGAAAACAAAGUAGCAAUCGUACUUCUUGGGGGGCUUACGCCUCUCAUCAGACAGAUGAUGUCCCCAAAUGUCGAGGUGCAAUGUAACGCGGUCGGUUGUAUCACCAAUUUGGCGACACACGAGGAUAACAAGGCCAAGAUCGCACGAUCAGGGGCAUUGGGACCUCUUACUCGUCUAGCUAAAUCUAAAGAUAUGCGUGUGCAGAGAAAUGCUACUGGCGCUUUAUUGAACAUGACACAUUCUGAUGAGAACCGACAGCAGCUGGUUAAUGCUGGUGCCAUACCCGUCCUCGUACAACUCCUCUCGUCUUCUGAUGUAGAUGUACAAUACUACUGUACAACAGCUUUGAGUAAUAUCGCUGUUGAUGCUAAUAACCGCAAGAAGCUCGCCUUGAACGAGAACAGACUCAUACAAUCCCUUGUGAACCUGAUGGAUUCCUCUUCGCCUAAAGUCCAGUGCCAAGCAGCUUUGGCCUUGCGAAAUCUUGCUUCUGAUGAGAAGUAUCAAUUAGAAAUUGUGCGCGCUCGCGGUUUAGCUCCAUUAUUACGACUUUUACAAUCCUCCUAUCUACCAUUAAUACUUUCUGCUGUCGCUUGCAUACGCAACAUAUCGAUACAUCCAUUAAACGAAUCUCCAAUUAUUGAUGCCGGCUUUCUAAAACCAUUAGUAGAUCUACUAGGUUCCACCGAUAAUGAAGAAAUUCAAUGCCACGCCAUAUCGACACUUCGCAACCUUGCUGCUAGUUCUGAUCGAAACAAGGAGCUUGUUCUACAAGCUGGAGCUGUUCAAAAAUGCAAACAACUUGUUCUGGAGGUCGCCCUUAGUGUUCAAUCGGAAAUGACUGCUGCAAUCGCUGUAUUGGCCUUAAGUGACGAUCUUAAGACUCAACUUCUCAACCUAGGUGUAUUCGAUGUCCUUAUUCCAUUGACAGACUCCCCGAGUAUCGAAGUCCAAGGCAACAGUGCUGCAGCUCUUGGUAAUUUGUCGUCCAAGGUCGGUGACUACUCUAUCUUCAUUCAAGCCUGGACAGAACCAUUCGGAGGUAUUCACGGUUAUCUAAAACGUUUCCUCGCUAGCGGAGAUCCGACUUUCCAACACAUCGCAAUCUGGACAUUGUUACAACUAUUGGAAUCCGAGGAUAAAAAAUUAAUAAGCUUGAUUGGAAAAUCAGAAGAGAUUGUACAAAUGAUUAAGACUAUUUCCGACAAACAAAUUGAAUCCGACGACGAAGGCGAAGAAGACGGGGAAGGAGAAGUUAUUCAACUUGCUCAAAGAUCAUUACAACUACUCGGACAAGGUGGGAAGUCUUCCCAUAUCGAAGGUUGAGCGGUUUGCACAAGAAAAGAUUUUUUGUUAUUUGCAUCUAGCUAUGGGUAGGGCACGGUGUUAGGAGUAUAAUCAAAGGCAUGAUAGUUUGCAGCGAGCAUAUUGGCAGAAUAGGGGGCGCUGCACUACUUUUAUUCCUGUGUUUUCAUGACAGACCUUCAGAGGUUCCUGUCAUUACAAUAUAUC